AUGCCAGUGGCAGAACAGAAACAGGUGAAUUUAGGAGGACAGACAUCAGUGUCCAGAGCAGACCCAGGUGAACUCUGGAGGACAGACAUCAGUGUCCAGAGCAGACCCAGCUGCAGAGAGGCCCACAAAGGUCUCACAACACUGCAGAGCGUCGGGGAAGACUGGAGCAGCCCUGCUGGAUUGUUUUUUUUUGCUGGAGGAAUCUCUGAGCAGGCACACCUGACUCCUACAAUCAAGUUCUCCAGCUACACCAAGGACAACACUCAGGGCACCUUUACCUGCCCUGGGGGACAUUCAGGCUAA